AUGGCGAGCGUGCUCAACAACAUCUUCGGGGCCAAGCCUUCGGACGGCCCCGAUGCUGCGCAGGCAGCUGGUGACGCCGAUUUUGCCGACUUCUCCCAAGCCGCCGACCCGUCUCCGGCGCCCGUCGCGCCUGGUGUCUCGUCCGCGAACCCCUUCGGUGCCGCCCAGACCCUGCAGCCCUACAGCAAGUGGUACAAUGUCCACGAACGCCACAGUCUGUCCGAGUUCAAGACCGAGGGUAUCAUCCUGGCCGUGAUCACCGCGGUCUUGCUGCUCCAUCUCGUUGGCGCCCGUCUGAACCGGAACAAGGCGAAGCAGUGGAUUCGCGCCCACACCGCGACGCUGACCUCCGAGUUUGCGUCCGUCGGCUUCUCCGGCAUCCCCCAGCGGGCGUCGGGCAAGCAGGGCGACGAGCUCCUGCAGGCCCUGGCCGACGCGAACGCGCAGGAGGGCGAUGCCCUCCUCAAGGAGAAGAGCCUGUUCGAGUUUGCGACUUAUGCGACCGGCCGCGCCAACGUCGCCUUCCUCGACGUCAAGCUCACCCUGCUCAAGCGCUUCAACCCGCUGACCGUGCUCUUCGAGACCGCCUUCAGCUUUUUCGUCGACAGCGUCGGUGAGAGCCAUGAUGUCCUCGAGGCUACCUUGUAUCCCUUUGACGGCAAGGAGGCUCAGCUCGUACCCGGUCUUCCCGGCGCUGCCGAGCUGCGUGCCAAGGAGACCGGCAAGAGCACCUAUGACGGGUUUGUGUGGGCUCUGGUCCAUAAGGAGCGCAUGAAGCAGCUCCGUGAGGACCGCUACGACGUGUCGCUCACUGUGACCAAGGACCACUCCAGCCUGCCUAACUGGUUGACCGUCAUGAGCGAGAAUGCCGAGGUGACCAACACCCUGCUUACUCCGGAGCUGAUCAAGGCCGCUGAGGCUGCUGGCGACUCGUUUGAGUACCUAAUCGUCUCGGACCAGCCGAUUGACAAGCCCAAGAGCCUCAACGAAAUGACUCCCCGCAAGCGCCUCUUCCUCAAGUACCGCCUGCCCUCAAGCAACGACUACACCAACCUCGUCCCACUCUUCCGGCAGCUGGUGCGCCUGCCCGAUCUGCUCGCGCAGCGGGCCCACUUCCGGCCCGAGACGCUCCGCAAGAUCAAGCAGACGCGCGAGGGCGUGGCCAAGCAGAUCCAGAAGGCGGACGAGGAGAGCCGCGCCGAGGAACGGGCGCUGGAGCGCGAGCGUGCUAAGAAGGCCAAGCGCGACCAGGAACUGAAUGCCCUGGACCCUAAGGGCCAGAAGAAGUAUCUGGAGCGUGAGCGUGAGAAGGAGCUGAAGAAGAGUAUGAAGCGGCAGACUAUGAGGGGGUAG